AACAUGGAUGUGAUGAGUGAAGAAAACCUGACCAGACAUGACUCUAGUGUCUUCUCUAACUGCUGCACACUGCUGGAUGUCCCAGAUGAAGGAGCUUUAUUAGAAGGUCUGGAGGACAGCACACAGCUUGUGGGGGUUCGGGUGGUUCUCAUCUUAGCUUACAGCACCAUCAUCCUGUUUGGCAUGAGUGGAAACUCUUUGGUUAUUUACGUUGUGUACAAGUUCCGCAACCUGCACACGGUUACUAACUUCUUCAUUGCUAACCUGGCUAUAGCUGACCUGCUGGUGAACACGCUGUGCCUGCCCUUCACCCUGAUGGCCACGCUCUCAGGUGAGUGGAAGUUUGGUCAGGUGAUGUGUUACCUGUUACCAUAUGCUCAGGGCCUCGCUGUUCACGUGUCCACCAUUACACUCAGUGUGGUCGCUCUGGACCGCUACCGCAGCAUCAUCCACCACACUGAGACAAAAAUGUCUAAAGACAUGUGUGCUGUGGUCAUCAUCAUCACAUGGAUGGCCAGCGCUGUGCUUGCCAGCCCCUUGGCCAUCUUCCGUGAGUAUGUGACCUUUGACCUGACACCUGAGCACACCAUUCAGGGUUGUGUGGAGAAGUGGCCGGGCAGCAGUGCGGACGGAACCGUGUACAGUGUAGCCACGUUCCUGCUGCAGUACAGCCUGCCCCUGUCCAUCAUCUCCUACACAUACGCCUGCAUCUGGAGCAAACUCAGGAAGCAUGUGAGUCCCGGAGGAGGACACAGUGAGCGACACAGACGCCGACAGAAAACCACGAAGAUGCUAGCGGCCGUAGUGGCUGUGUUCGCUGUCAGCUGGCUACCAUUCCAUGCCUUCCAGCUGGCUGUGGAUAUCGACAGCAGUGUGUUGGACAUGAAGGAUUUUAAGCUGCUUUACACCAUCUUCCACAUCAUCGCUAUGUGCUCCACAUUUGCAAACCCCAUCCUCUAUGGCUGGAUGAACCGGAACUAUCGGGAGGCAUUCUCCGCAGCGUGUAAGUGUGCUCCUGCUGCGGGUGUGCUGAGGAGAGUGCACAGCAGGGACAUAGUGAGAGACAAAGCUCUCAGACACGAAUGUGCCAUCACCACCCUGACUCAGGAUAACACACACCUGUGA